AAAGGGGAAGGCAGAGAGGAAGCAAAAAUGUAUAAAAAUUGUGCUGCAGAGGCGAGCGCUGGAAGGGCUGGGCGGGAUUUUUGUGGUUCGCACCAGCAGGGAACCAGGCUGGGCUGGGCUGGGCUGGGCUGGGCUGGGCUGGGCUGGGCUGGGCUGGGCUGGGCUGGGCUCUGCGGGCAGCUAGGCAGAGCGCCCAGCCGGGGACUCUGGGCUCAGCACAGCUCCAGGCGGACUUAGGCAGAAGCAGAGCGGUGACGGGCCUUCAACACAACGGCCCGUCCAGGCAGGAGAAGCCCAUUGAACUUUGGCAGAGACAAAACAAAGCGAGCUGAUUGGACGCGGGAAUGUUGUUUGCGCACACUCGUUGAGUGAUUUCGACCAAUCAAAUGGCCUCAAAGGACCUGCCUGUAUCCACUGGUUUUUUGUUGGCUACUUCUGACCUCAAAUGAUUACACGGUUUGUAACGUAUGGACGGCACUGUCCUGAUAAUUGGUGCUAAUUAGGGCUACAAGGCCACACGAGACGAGAGAACGGGCCUGUGCAUGUGGAUUGAUGCCGGUAACUCAACUCUGACACCUUGUUGGUUGUCGGUGAUUCAACUCUGACACCUUGUUGGUUGUCGGGGAACCAAUUUUAAAUUCUUGUACCUUGAUGGUUAUGUACGGUAUCUUUUUUUU